AUGUUUGUAUUUGCUAGGCAAAACGCGAAGCCCCUAUCAUAUGCGGCGGAGGAAGGGCAUGAGGCUGUAGUAAAGCUAUUACUUGAGAAAGGGGCUGAAGCAGACUUACGUGAUAAGCUGGAAACCAAACCACUAUUAUCGAGGUUCGCGCAAUGGGAUUAUGCCGAAAGAAAUCUACUACUUGAUGCAUUUGCUAAACGCACCUCUGAUAAUAUCCUCGGGCGGACACCACUAUCAUAUGCAGCUGAGAGAGGGUACGAGGGUGUGCUCAGACUUCUGAUGACACAUGGCGCUGACCCAGACACGACCGACAUUUUUGGACAAACUCCACUAUCAGCCCUUUCCUAUACCUGGGGUGUCUCCUAUCAAAAGGACUGGAUUCUUCUGAAUGGAUCCCUCUUCCCAGUAACACAAAACCUCCACGACGCUAUACAACAGCUUCAGAACCAAGGGGAGUGUCCCAGCCUCCUGUGGAUUGAUCUGAUCUGCAUUAAUCAGAAUGACAUAUCUGAGCGAUGCCAACAGGUUUCUAUGAUGAAGGACAUAUUUGGUAUGACCAACGAGGUCAUAGUAUGGUUGGGUAAAGACACAGAAAUUAACUCGUCUUCUUCGGCAUCAGCGCCGUACUGGUCUCGGGUUUGGGUCAUCCACGAAAUUAUGGUGGCAAAGUGGAUCCUUCUCAUGUCAGGAAGUGGGACAGCUGCCUGGCCUGAGUUUGUUGAGUGUCUGGAAGGAAUUCUGAGAUCUCUCGAACGAGACAACAUUGAUUUUAACCGGGAGGGACAGGCUUUUCUGAACAGUAACUGCAGAAAAUUAAUUGAGCUCUGGAAGAAGAAGAGCAUGCAAAAUCUCUCGGGACGUUAG